CAGGUGCAAGGACAUAGACCGGACCGCAGCUGAAAAAUGAGCCGUCAGUCUCACCCUCAGCCACAGGACUAGUACUGAUCAAAUUCUUUAAUCUAGAGAGAAGAUGCCGUUCCACCAUGUGACGGCAGGCCUGCUGUACAAGGGGAACUACCUGAGCCGCUCUCUCUCGGAGCGGAGUGACAGUGACCAGCUGGCCAGCAUCUCAGUGGAGGAACUCGACGAGAUCCGAGAAGCCUUCAAGGUGCUGGAUCGCGAUGGGAACGGGUUCAUCUCCAAGCAGGAGCUGGGUAUGGCCAUGCGCUCUCUGGGGUACAUGCCCAGCGAAGUGGAGCUGGCCAUCAUCAUGCAGAGACUAGACAUGGACGGUGACGGCCAGGUGGACUUUGAUGAGUUCAUGACAAUACUGGGCCCAAAGCUGCUGUCGUCGGAGACGAGAGAGAGCUUCCUGGGACACACAAUAGACAGCAUCUUCUGGCAGUUUGACAUGCAGCGGAUAACGCUGGAGGAGCUGAAGCACAUCCUCUUCCACGCCUUCCGCGACCACCUCACCAUGAAGGACAUCGAGAACAUCAUCAUUAACGAGGAGGAGAGCCUCAACGAGAACUCAGGCAACUGCCAGACGGAGUUUGAGGGAGUCCACUCCAACAAGAACAACCGGCAGACGUGCGUGCGCAAGUCUCUGAUCUGCGCCUUCGCCAUGGCCUUCAUCAUCAGCGUCAUGCUCAUCGCGGCCAAUCAGAUGCUCCGCAACGGCAUGGAGUAGUCCACUAAACAGUAGCACAUCACUGUGAAUGCGGGCCCACCAAAUAAAACCCUGCAUGUGCAUGCUCUCAGUGCUCUCAGUCAAAAUACAGGUCAUCUCUCUCCUCUUUUUUGUGCCACAAAAAGAAGAAGAAGAAAAUAAUCAUUUGAAGAGAACAAACAAAAAAGAUUGGAGUUAAUUUUUUUUUAUAAAAAAAAGAAAACCG